AUGAGCAUUUAGCCUGCAUGUAUGUACGUGUACCACAUGCGUGCCUGGUGCCCACAGAGGUGAGAAGCUGGCACUGGAUCUCCUAGAACUGGAGUUAUGAAUGGUUGAGAGCCUCUGUGUGGGUGCUGAGAAGCAAAUACCAGUCCUUUAAAUGAGUAACACAUACUCUUUAACUUCCGAGUCAUGGCUUUAAGCCCCCCAAAUACUUUAUUAAGAAACUCCUGGGGUUGGGGAUUUAGCUCAGUGGUAGAGCGCUUGCCUAGCAAGCGCAAGGCCCUGGGUUUGGUCCCCACCCAGCUGGGGGGGGGGCGGGGACAAAAAAAAAAAAAAAAAAACUCCUACAGCCAGGUGGUGGCUGCUAUCCCAGCACUCUGAUGGCAGAGGCAGACAGCCCUAUAGGAGUUUGAAACCAGCCAAGGCUACAUAGUAAGAUCUUGUCUCAAAAAAAAAAAAAAAAAAACAAAAAACAAAAAACAAAAAAACAAAAAAAACCCCAAAAACAAAAAAACAACAACAAAACAAAACAAAAAACUCCUAAGAGAAAUAUCCCAAAGCCUUCGAGAAUUUCCUCAAAAUUCAUAACCUUCAUGAAAAAAAUGUUCCUUUUAGACCAGAAAUCUAAUAACUCCACUUGAAAUCAAAACCGCCCGUACUUUGAAACCACCGAUCUCAAACUGUGGAGGGUUUCUCGGCGUGCAGCAUCAAGGCGCUGCAGGAAGAGCAUGGUCAACUUUUCUAACUAAUUGGAGAAAUACGGUGUCCACAGGAAGUCCCCAGGGCAGACAGCCAAGGAUCAAAUCAUCUGGAAAGGUCUACAGGCCAUAUACAAGUUCGAAAAACUCAACAAUAGUUACCCGCGCUCUCUUCAGAGGGAGUCUGGGUACAGAAGGGGAUUCUCACCCCUCCUAACCUAGGCUGUCUUGUGUAGGAUGAAAACUGACUGAUACCCUUGCCCAGCCCUACCUGCCUGGUAAGCAGGUUUCAGACCAACUGUGUGCGAGGCAGGACUCAGUUAAGAAUUCAAAGCUGGGUGAUGCAUACCCCUCUAUGCCACUGGGGGAUCAAUAACUGGAUUAGAGGGUGGGGUAUCCGCGAAUUCUUUUCUCUUUGUUGUAAUCAUGCUAACUGUAUGCAACUCAGGAGGGACCUUUCCCUCUGCCUUGGAAAGUCUCUUGUGAGCCGGCCCUGGGAAAUCUAGUUUUGCCAGAUAAGAGGAGAAGAAAGCAUAUGAGAGCGGGAACAAAAACAGUAGCUUGCUAGGCUGGGGUCUAGCCCAAGAAGGAGUAAGCAGAGGGUUCCCAGUUUUCAGCAGCGAAUACCAAAGGGCAGCCGGGUCUCUGAACUUUUCUGCCCUCCUCUCUCACUGCCCACAACAGGGCAGCAGCAGGGUCAGCGGGCCAGACUUUGUAUCCACAUGGCCUGUUGCUUCCGUCUCAUCAGUACACCUCCUGUGUCUGCUAAAGGACAGCUCUUGCCAGGCUCAUGGAUCAGGGACUGCGCCCGCCCGCCUGCCGCUUCCCACACAGGUCCAGGUUUCCAUCCACCAACGGCCCUGAAAUCCAUGGGAACGACCGCAAGCUUGUGAAGGCGGGAAUAGAAGCUGGGAGAAAGUGUAGGAUGAGAGCCUGCCUGUAUCGCAGUUUGCCUCGGGGGAUGGGGGUGUGGGGUGGGGAAGUGCGUGGGAGCAGGCGCAUGCGCGGUGCAGGGCUGGCUGUGCCGCCUGGGAGUGCGGGGGCGGACACUGAGGAGCGAUGGGGCGACCGUGGCGGGAUGGCGGGGGAGGGGGAGUGUGGGGUGUCGCCGAGAGCAGGGAGAAGAGUGGGAGCAGGUGGCAGGGGGAAAUGAAUGAACAGUCUCAUCUGUAUUCCUUGCAGGGAUAUAUGGUAUGGAGGUGGGAGGGGUACAGAGUCUCGGCUGUCUGAUGGGGACUGAGGGUCUCUGGAAGAACAGAAUGAAGGGGUAGGGCCUGCCAAAUGUGCCAUCUGCUUCGAGGGCGUCCUCUUGGGUUGGGACUCUUAUCUCCCUCCACUCAGCUGAGCUUCUGAAGCUGUCAGUCCCCAGAUGGGGGAUCUCCACAGCCUUGUUCUGGCAGGUGGCCUCUUCGGGUUGCCAGGUUGCCGGAAUCCCCUUCCCACACCAUCUGAGGAGUCCUCAGGGUCUAGCUAUUAGGUCUGCCCACUCACCUGGCAUCGCGAAUUGGGGAUGGGUUCUGCUAAGACCAUCUGCUCUGAGGGCACAGAGUACUGUGCUCUUAGGAUUCCUGGGAUGAGACUAUAAGGAAUUAGAGGACUUCCUGUCUUGUCCUUGGUGACCACGGCUUGUAAACUUGAAGUUGGUCUUCAGAUCCUGCCCCACUCCCUCUUUCUCUCUAGACCAUCAUGAUGUUCUAGGGGUAGGGCUGGGUGGGGUGCCCCAGGGCCUGCUCUUUCUCUCUUUGGAUUCCACCUAUGAAAUCCAGUGUCAUUAUUUCUGAGGGGAUGGGGAGUGGGGUGAGAGACAGGGACAACAAGCUCCAUUCGUCCGGGAAAACUCAGCUCAGUCUUCUGAAAAACUCCCAGUCUAACUGAUGAACCUUCAAAGACCAGAGAGGAAGGUGUGGAGGCCAUGGUGUGUAUGUGCGCGCACGUGUGCAUGUGCGUGAUUAAGCAAAGAAUUCCUGUUCAUUAAGAGAAGAAAUGAGAUUAGGGACCCCUGAGGAAAAAGGAAGGAAAACAGCAGGACACGACAAAGAAUGGGAAAUCUAAUUAGACACAUGGAUCCCUGGGCCAACUACUUGUCCUCUCCCUGGCCAAUAAAUGAGGGAGUGUCUAGCUGUCCCCUAGUCUGGCAGGCAGUCAUCAUCCCCAUCAGAGUCUUUGUCUCCCUGGAAGCUGCUGGACCAGACGGAACCAAAACUUCUAAAAGGAUGUACGUCGAAUGGAUUCAGCCGUUCCCACUCCUACCCUUCCCUCAGAACCUCAUGAAGUUCCUGACUUUCCUGAGUCUGUUGACCCUGGUGCUGCAGGAGGCAGGGACAGCGUCUCUCCUAGGAGAGAGAGAAAGAGAAGAGAAGAGCCCUGAGGAAGCUGACACUUAUGCAUCCCUGCAUGUGGGGAACUAUAGCCUGAGCCUAGAGGACUACAGUGAAGUCAUUGAUCUGAGCAGCUAUGAGGAACUUGCAGACUAUGGGGACCAGAUCCCUGAGGCCAAAACAAGCAGUCCGACUCUUCCAACAAGAACUAGUCCCACUAGCCCUGUGGUUCCAAGGACAUUGCCAUCACGCCUCACAAUGGCCGGACCUACCACCACUGGACUACUGAACUCCCAGAGCAGUCACGGCCUGCCUACCUGCCUGGUCUGCGUGUGCCUUGGCUCUUCUGUGUACUGUGAUGAUGCGAACCUCGAGAACAUUCCUCCUCUUCCCCAGAUGACCACCUACCUCUACGCUCGCUUCAACCACAUCAGCCACAUCCAGGCUGGAGACUUCAAAGGGAUGACAAAACUGAGGAGGAUCGAUCUCUCCAGCAACUCCAUCUCCUCCAUCCACAACGAUGCCCUCCGCCUGCUGCCUGCCCUGCAGGAUCUGAUCCUUCCAGAGAACCAGCUGGCAGCCCUGCCUGUGCUGCCCAGUGGCCUCGAGUUCCUGGACGUCCGCCUGAAUCGGCUGCAGAGCUCAGGGAUACAGCCUGAGGCCUUCGUGACGCUGGAGAAGCUGCAGUUUCUCUACCUGGCGGACAACCUGCUGGAUUCCAUCCCUGGGCCUUUGCCCCUCAGCCUGCGCUCCCUGCACCUGCAGAAUAACAAGAUUGAGGCCAUGGAAAGUGACACCUUCUGUGACACCACGGAACACAGACAUGAGCGCCGCCGGCAGCUUGAAGACAUCCGCCUGGACGGGAACCCCAUCAAUCUGAGCCUUUUCCCAGAGGCCUAUUUUUGCCUGCCACGGCUCCCCGUGGGCCGCUUCACCUAGCUGCCACUGGUCCUUGCUUGCUUCCCAGACAGUGCUUGGAGGCUCACCAGGGGAGCACUCUCUCCCUGCACCUAAGAAGUGAUCUGUAGCCCAAGUUCCAGGCAGCCUAGGAGCCAGAGAGAGAGAGAGAGAGAGAGAGAGAGAGAGAGAGAGAGAGAGGAGAGAGAGAGAGAGAAGAGAGAGAGAAAGAGAGAGAAAGAGAGAGAGACAGAGACAGAGAGAGAAGACAGAGAGAGAAGACAGAGAGAAGAGAGAGACAGACAGAGAGAGAGACAGAGAGAGAGAGGACAGAGAGAAAGAGAGACAGAGAGAGAGACAGAGAAGAGACAGAGAGAGAGAAAAAGAGAGAGACAGAGAGAGAGACAGAGAGAAAAGAGAGAGAGAAGAGAGAGAGGAGAGAGAGAGAAGAGAGAGAGAAAGAGAGAGAGACAGAGACAGAAGACAGAGAGAGAAGACAGAAGAGAGAGACAGAGAGAGAGAGACAGAGAGAGGACAGAGAGAAAGAGAGACAGAGAGAAAGACAGAGAAGAGACAGAGAGAGAGAAAAAGAGAGAGACAGAGAGAGAGACAGAGAGAAAAGAGAGAGAGAAGAGAGAGAGAGGAGAGAGAGAAGAGAGAGAGAAAGAGAGAGAGACAGAGACAGAGAGAAGACAGAGAGAGAAGACAGAGAGAAGAGAGAGACAGAGAGAGAGAGAGACAGAGAGAGGACAGAGAGAAAGAGAGACAGAGAGAGAGACAGAGAAGAGACAGAGAGAGAAAAAGAGAGAGACACAGAGAGAGACAGAGAGAAAAGAGAGAGAGAAGAGAGAGAGGAGAGAGAGAGAAGAGAGAGAAAGAGAGACAGAGACAGAGAGAAGACAGAGAGAGAAGACAGAGAGAAGAGAGAGACAGAGAGAGAGAGACAGAGAGAGGACAGAGAGAAAGAGAGACAGAGAGAGAGACAGAGAAGAGACAGAGAGAGAGAGAAAAAGAGAGAGACAGAGAGAGAGACAGAGAGAAAAGAGAGAGAGAGAAGAGAGAGAGAGAAGAGAGAGAGAGAGAGAGAGAGAGAGAGCGCCUUCAGCCACUGAAUUUGCAUCUCUCUCUCCUCUUUCCCUACACCUUAUGGUUCCUGACUCAGAGCAGCAGCGUCCACAGCAGAGAUCUUUUCCACGCUCUCCAUACCCAUCUUCCCACACAGAAUUCCAGGAGAACCAUGAAAGGAAGAGGAGGAAGAGGAGGCGGCAGAGGGACAGAAGCUGGGAUGGAGGGGAGGGUUGGGAGGGGGAGAGUCAUCAGUGUGCUGGAGCCUGGUCUUUCUGACUGGUAGGCUGACAAGACUGAUAAUUACAUUUCCCAGAAUUUUGCAGUUCAGUUGUUAAACACAGCCAUUAUGAAAAAUUAAAUUACAUAACCUUGCAGUUAAAUAUACUAUGAUGAAAACAGCUGGAAUGAACUCACAAAACUUGCCAC